GAUCCGAUCCAUUGUUGGUUUUAAUUUCUCUGAGAAUCGUUUGAGAGAGAGAGAAAAAAAAAUGAUGUCGGAGGGUAGGGUUUGGGUCGGAGCAUCUCAUUCACACAGAAAGAGUGCUAUUUCUGGCAUUGAUGUGAUAAAGACAUUGUUUUUUAUACUUAUCUGGUACACUUUCAGCGCGAUUUUGACCCGGUACAAAAAAACUCUCUUAGGAGAUGAUUUUGGAAAGUUCCCAGUUCCUUUAUUGAUGAAUACAUUUCACUUUGUGAUGCAAGUUGUGUUAUCAACAGCUAUAACAUGGUUUUGGCCUCAAAGAUUUCAGCCCAGGGUAACUAUGUCAUGGAGGGAUUACUUCAUGAGAGUUGUACCAACUGCUUUGGGAACAGCACUGGAUAUUAACUUAAGCAAUGCCUCCCUUGUUUUCAUCUCUGUUACAUUUGCCACUAUGUGUAAAUCAGCAGCUCCUAUAUUUCUCCUUAUAUUUGCUUUUGCAUUUAGAUUGGAGUCUCCAAGCUUUAAACUUUUCGGUAUCAUUUUUAUUAUAUCCAUUGGAAUAAUGUUAACAGUUGCGAAGGAAACUGAAUUUGAAUUUUGGGGAUUCAUUUUUGUUAUGCUUGCUGCUGUUAUGUCUGGAUUUCGUUGGACCAUGACUCAGAUUCUUCUUCAGAAAGAAGUAUAUGGUCUGAAAAAUCCACUUACCCUGAUGAGCUAUGUAACUCCAGUGAUGGCAGUGGCAACUGCUAUGCUCUCUCUGAUAAUGGAUCCUUGGGAUGAAUUCAGAACAAGCAAUUACUUCAAUAGUUCAUGGCAUAUCACUCGGAGUUGCCUUCUCAUGUUUCUUGGUGGAACUCUCGCCUUUUUUAUGGUAUUGACAGAAUAUAUUCUUGUUUCAGUAACUAGUGCAGUAACUGUGACAAUAGCAGGAGUUGUCAAGGAGGCUGUCACCAUCUUGGUUGCUGUCUUUUACUUCCAUGAUCAGUUUACUUGGUUGAAAGGGGCUGGCCUUAUUACUAUCCUGUUUGGCGUGAGCUUAUUCAAUUGGUACAAAUACCAAAAGCUACAAAAGGGUGAAAUAGGUGAAGAGAAUGUGGCAAGGUCAUUGACAACCAAUCCAGCUGCAAAAUAUGUUAUUCUUGAGGAGAUGGAUGAUGGCCCAUGGGAGCUUGGUAAUCAUACUGAUGAAUCUGAUAAAUAAACUUCGGACCGUACAGACAAGAUGUUAUCCGGAGGGGGUUGAUAAUUGUCAUGUUGGCUCAGUGGAGAAGCUUGUAAGAUUGCACCGGCGUAUUGAUAUCUUCAUUCUUCAACCUUUUUCUGUGGUUCCUCUAUCAGAUUGGUGGUGGAGAAAAGGAAGUUGUAGAUUUAGAGUGUCACGACAACUUUUAUUCAACCAUCUGUCCACAGUUAGCUGGUCGAGCCCAUUCAUUAUGGGAUAGUUUACUUUAUAUGCUGUUGAUUGUACAUUUUAUUUUACAUCGAGAUGCGAAAUGCAUACUAUGAUAUUCAUUAAAUUUUUGUCCCUGCUAGUUGUUCAGAUGUUGAGAACUUGGAUAUAGGAACACCUUAAGUGCAAUUUUUUUCCUUUUCCUUUUGUCCUAAAUGUUGUUUUGGAUCUUGGAUUUGAGGGAUUUGUGGAGGUUUCUAUGUAUUUUGCUUAUGAUAUUCUAUUGAUAAAAUUGAAGUAGGGUUAAAUGCUAUACUCGAAGGCUAGAAUUUUUGAA